AUGAGGCAUCAACCGAUUAUCAACCGAAUAUCAACCGAAGGCGGCAGUCGGUCCCUAGCUAUUCCUAUAUGCAGAAUUUUAAAAUUACUUACUUACCCAUACGCAUAUCAUUUUCACGGUAAUAGCAAGUGCGAAUUGGAAAAGAAAAGUUCGCAAAAUCUAACAGUAGUACAUACCAGAUGCGUUACAGUAUCGUCAGCCGUCGGUCAACAACGAUUGCGUCACAAAUCGUCUUCGUAA